AUGUUUAUCUCAUCUGUGAGUGCGGUGCUAUCACUAUGUGCUGCUGCACUUGCGGCGCCAACGGAGAGGCGUGGCGUUGCCUUCGAUUGGGGAAGUGAGAAGAUCCGUGGAGUCAAUAUUGGAGGCUGGCUGGUUCUGGAACCGCUGCACAGCUGGAUCACACCUUCUCUAUUUGACAAGGCCAACCAGGGGCGUCCUCGGAACGACAUCGUUGACGAAUAUACAUUGGGCGAGAAGCUCGGUCAUGAUGCGGCUCUUCAGGUGCUCAGGGAACACUGGAACACUUUCGCGACAUAUCAGGACUUCAAGAAGAUUAAAGAUGCCGGCUUCAACGUUGUUCGGAUACCGAUUGGCUAUUGGGCGUACGACACUUUCGGCUCACCAUAUGUGGAUGGUGCAAGCGUGUACAUUGACGCUGCCAUUGACUGGUCAAGAGGACUAGGUCUCAAGAUUGUCAUCGACCUCCACGGCGCGCCUGGCUCGCAGAACGGUUACGAUAACUCGGGCCAGCGCCUCGAUGUUCCUCAAUGGCAGUCUGGUGACACGGUGAAACAGACACUGCAGGUGCUCAAGACCGUCUCCGACCAAUACGCACAGCCGAAAUAUCAGGACGUCAUUGUUGGCAUUCAGCUCCUGAAUGAACCAGCCAUGUACUUCGACAACAUCAGUGAGGACGUGACUCGCCAAUUUUACAGGGAUGGAUUUGGCCAGGUUCGCGACACCUCAGACACGACCGUCAUUCUGCACGACGGUUUCAUCCGACCGAACGAGUGGAAUGGGUUCUUGACGCCGUCAGACAACAACGCGCAAAACGUAGCUCUGGAUCACCACGAGUAUCAGAUCUUCAACAACGACCUCAUCCAACUGAAGCCCUCUCAGCACAACCACAAAGUAUGCGAUCUCGCUGAUGCGUAUGGAGGCGCCGACAAGUGGACUUUCGUUGGCGAAUGGACAGGCGCAAUGACCGACUGCGCAAAGUACCUAAACGGGCUGGGACGCGGUGCAAGGUAUGAUGGUUCCUACCUGGGCAGUCCGUACCAGGGCGACUGCGGCUUUGCGAACGACGUCAGCCAGUGGUCGCAGAGCAACAAAGACGACACGCGCAAGUACAUUGAGACACAGAUCUCAGCCUUCGAGGCAAAGACGCAAGGCUGGUUUUUCUGGAACUUCAAGACGGAGAAUGCAUUCGAGUGGGAUGCGCUUGCGCUCAUCGACGCGGGUGUUUUUCCGCCGAUUCGCAAUGGGCAGGUAGAGUACCAGUUCCCCAAGGUCUGUACAAACUUCUACUAG